CAUCUCACGCAGCUGCUACCCCAAUAACCUUCACUGAAUCCCCCCCCUCUUAGAGCUUCACAAGGCCUGCACCAGCGACAUUUACCACUUGGCAAGCCUGCAAACCUGCGUGUAGGCCGAAUAGCAUCUGUUCAAGAACGUCACUUUAUAUCGCGAGCAUGGAUACGAUGAGGAUGAAACGGGUUGCCACGUGGACGUUCGCAGGGCUAGGCCUAGCGCUCGCCGUCAUCUCCUGCUGCCAGACGGCGGACAAUUACCUCGUUAUCUCCCACCCCGACGCGUGCGUCGCGUCCUCCAACCGCACCCACUGCGCCGCGGAUUCCGCGUGGCGCGGCGAUCCCUAGGCGUGGUCCCUCAGUCGUCGGAGCAGGUAACCAUGGCGAUGGUCGCGGCGGUUCAAGCGCAAGUCGCGGCGAUUUUCGAGGCGGCCGACGAGAUUAAAGCGUCCAACGUGCGGAACGACCAUUUCACGAACGCCAUGGCGAAAUCGUGCGCGCGGCAGGCCAACAUCGCGCUCCCGGUACCUGGGGCAGGCGGCGGCGCGAUCGAGGCGGGUACGAACCAGCGCGACGUGCCGUACUGGCUCGCGGCGGCCGACACGCAGAUCGGCAACUGCGUCGACGGCUUCCAGACCUUCUCGCCCGCCGCGCAGGGCCUCCCCGCUUACAUCCACCUCCAGUACACGGCGAAGAAAGCGGCCAGCACGCUCGACGCCCUCGUCGCCAUCACCAACGCCGCCGCGAAAGCUGCCACGGCCACCGCAACUGAGGAGGACGUGGCACCAGUGCACGGGCGCCGCAUGGCCGUCCGAUCGAGCGGCGCGGGAUCCGCGGGUAGUGGCGCGCUGGACUGGCUCGAGCCCGGCUUGUACGCACAACUGGAGGAGCUUCAAACCGAGAAUGAACGCCGAGUUCGCCGCUGCUGCCGGCGGGGAGGAUUCAGAGGGCGGUGCUCUCGCGAGGAGGCAGCUUGACGACGACGAUGACGAUGACGGGAUAAGAAGGACAAGAAGAAGAAGGACAAGAACAGCAAGAAUAGCAGCAGCAAGGGGGAACAAGAGCAGCAGCAAGUCAAGCAAAUCGAGCAAGAAGAGCAAGUCCAGCAAGAAGGCGUCACCCAACGCCAAGCCCAUGGUUGCCAGCCCGAAACUUCGAGCCAGCGUGACCGUCGGAUCCGCCGGGUAUAAAACGAUCCAAUCCGCCGUCGACGCCGCUCCCGGCGGCAAGCGCUUCGUGAUCUACAUUCCCGCGGGGACGUACAACGAGCA